AUGGACAGAAUCAGUGGCUUGUCUGAGGAAUUGCAGAUUAAGAUAUUAUCAUUUCUUCCAACAAAAGUUGCCGUCUCCACAAGCAUCUUGUCGAAACAAUGGCAGUUUCUCUGGAUGUUGUUGCCUAAGCUUGAGUACAGUACUAAAUACUAUUCAAAGUCCGACUGCCAGAAACUAAGGUGUUUUCUUCACAGAAACCUGCCAUUACAUAGAGCUCCGGUUAUAGAAAGGUUCCGCCUCAAGUUUCAUCAUCCAGGUUUUAAACCUGAAGAUAUCAAACUGUGGGCUCUAGCUGUCGUUUCUCGCUGCAUACGCGAGCUGAAGAUUUCUUAUACUUCUUAUCCGAAUCAGCCGAUAUAUUACCGAGUAGCUUGUACACAUGCAUAUCGCUCGUUACCUUGA